UCAGAGUCAGUCAAUCACUCUUGGCUGCUUCUCCCUUGUCCCGAAUAUGUACACAGUACAAUGCAGCGCGUGAAUAUUUGCAAUGACAACACAUUUCUAUGGAAGAAUUGCAUGAUCCUACCUACAAACCAAGAGAUCAAAAUCCUACUCUUAUACAAGUUGUAAAGUCAGCCACUAUUCGCGAAUUUAUUUUAACAAGAGGGACCAAAUCCAAAUUCCUCGCUCCAUCCAGUGGUGCUGGUCCUCUAAAUUAUGACUAUGGUACAUGUGGAACAUUUGGCGGUACAGAUUCCCAUCAUCCUCAUGGCCUUGGUCGCCAGUUUGAUAACUUGUGGAAACGUCACGAGCUAGCAGAAGCACUGAAGCUCUCUCUCUCUCUCUCCCUCUCUCAUUUCUGCCCAUCUCAUUUCUUUUAUUUUUUUGGUUUCUAGCUCCACUCAUGUUCAUCCACACCUAUAUGUUCUGCUUUUGCCGCAAUUUUUUUUCCUGCAAAUAAUUGGCCUAUUUCUGUAUUAUUCUCAGGUACUAGGACAGGGAUACUCAUCAGUCCUCAGUUAUACAUCAUAAUUAUGCUACAAGAUCUCUAUUGCUUUGCUUCUUCAGUACUAGAAGCAUGUGGAAAAGAAGGCCUAGAUAUAUUGCUCGAAAAAGUUAAGGAAACUCGAAGAACAAGAGGCUAGGGCUGUAUUUGAUCACCUGUUUACCCAGGAAAUUCUGAUACAAGAGGGAGCUCUGUAAGAAAACAUGACCGGUGUGGAAGCUGCGGUCGUAUCAGCUAUAGUAUCUGGAAUAUUGAAGAAUGUGGGGAACAAGUUAGCUCCACAGUUAAUUAAGAAGUACAGCUCUGUAGUGGGCGUCAAAAAAGAUCUCCAGGAGCUCCAGGUUAUAGUUGAGGAGAUAAAUUCUCGGCUGGAAAGGGCAGGAGAUCAUGCUACGGGGGGUGAUGCAUCAUUUAAUUGGCUCAAACAAUUGGAAGAUGCUGCUUACGCUGUUGAUGAUGUUGUCGAUGAGUUCCAGCUGAAGGCUGAGAGACAUGAUGCUUUUGGUGAUGGUGGUAUCGUGUCCAAAUAUAGAUUUCAAUUCAAGAUGGCUAAUAAGAUCAAGGCAAUCAAGAAGAGAUUAGAUGCAAUUGUGAAGCAAAGAACUGACUUGAAUGCAAUAGCAAACAAUUUUCCGGUUUGUCAUUCUGCUCAGCAAAUAAGCAACACAAAUGAGCAUAGGACAACAUUGCCUAAUGUUGACGUGGCAUCAGUACUCAGAAGAGAGAAAGAAAAACACCAAAUUAUAUCUAAACUCAUAGAGAUUAAUGACCAAGAAAUAAUCAAGAUCGGUUCCAUCUUUGGACUUGGUGGCUCUGGUAAAACUACCUUGGCUAAACUAGUUUUUAAUGAUUGUGACAUUAUAGAGAAGCACUAUGAAGUCAGACUAUGGGUUCAUGUGUCACAAGAUUUUGAUGUUCAAAAGCUUGUCAAGAAACUGUUUGAAGCUUUUGCUGAUAACAAUCCCGGACAGCAUGCACUGCCAUAUAUGAGCAAAACAAUCUCAGACAAAUUGACUGGAAAGAGGUUUCUGCUUGUAUUGGAUGAUGUUUGGACUGAGUCCCAAAUCCUUUGGGAACAAUUCAUGGAAUGUCUGAAGGUUGGCGCACAUGGAAGCAGGAUUUUACUCACUACCCGUAGUAGAAAAGUUACAGAAGUGGAGGGAUCUGUGUACCAAUUUGACUUGCCAUUUUUAUCUCCAAAUGACAGCUAGAAACUAUUCCAACAAAGCUUAGUAACGCCCUCCGAAAGUUUGGGGAUUGAAUUUGUUGAUGUUGGAAAAGAUAUUGUGAAAAAAUGUGGUGGGGUUCCACUAGCAAUUAAAGCUCUUGCAGGUGUCCUCCAUGGCAAGUAACUGAUAGGAGAAUGGCAGGCCAUAUGAGAGGCAGCAACUUGUUGCAUUUUGUGGGUGAAGAAAGUGGUGUAUCAGUAUCUGCAUGCUUGAGGUUGAGCUAUUUCCAUUUGCCAUCUCAUCUGAAGCAGUGCUUCACAAUAUGUUCAUUAUUCCCCAAAGGUCACAAGAUUGAUAAAGAGCAAUUGAUUGAUCUAUGGAUUGCUCAUGACAUGAUCACUCUUGAGACUGGUGUUGAUUACUUGGACUAUAUUGGCCACAAGUGCUUCAAUUCUCUUGUGCAAAUGUCCUUCCUACAAGUUGUGAAUGAAUUUUAUGGGAGAGCGACAUGCAGCAUGCAUGAUUUGGUUCAUGAUCUGCCCAGUCUAUAUGUAAAAUAUCUGAAAUAUCUUGCGAUUUCAAGAUUGCAAUGUGAAGCACUCCCAGAAGCCAUUUCAGAUAUUUGGAGUUUACAAGCUCUUCAUGUUACAUUUAGUAAUCUUCUUGAAUUGCCUAACUCCAUCAGUAAGCUGCAGAAGCUAAGGAAGUUGAACCUAUUCGGCUUUGGGAACCUAAAGUGUUUACCAAAUUCUAUUGGUGAUUGUCAAAUGAUUUCAAGCAUUGAUCUUUGCAAUUGUAAGAAGCUCAGAGUGUUGCCGGAAUCUAUUGGCAGAAUUGAAAAUCUAAGAGUUUUAAGACUAGGUGACACCUACAUUGAGAGGCUGCCAUCAAAUAUUACAACACUGAGAAAUCUCGAGUGUCUGGACCUUGACCACUGUUGGAUGCUGCUUAGUCAACUACAGAAGUUGAAUUUCUUUGUUGUGGGUGAGGGCAAAAAGUAUGCAGCAAUUUCUGAGCUUGGAAAUGUAGGUAGGAAUAGUGAGGAUCUGAUGGUAAGAGGUAUUGAGCAUGUGAUGGAGCCGGAUGAUGCACACAAGGCAUGCUUGAAACAUAAGGCAAACUUACAAAGGUUGGAUCUACUGUGGAGGACGGGUGUCACGUGUGAAGAGAACACUAAACUGGAGCAGGCUGUACUUGAUGGUCUGGAACCACCACCAGGGAUUAAAGUGCUGAGAAUUAAUGGAUAUUCAGGUAGGGAGUGUGCCCGGUGGAUGCAGAAUCAAGUUGGUGGCAGAGUACUGGUGCCUACUUACUUCGCAGUUUUGAGGGUGAUGAAGCUAAAUAAUUUCCCAAACUUGAAGCAUCUGGAUGGGCUUGCGGAGCUUCCUUGUUUGGAGAAGCUUGAGCUGUGGCGGAUGCCAUCUCUCGAGAGCAUAAGUGGAGGCCCAUUUCCUUCGCUGGUGAAGUUAGCUAUGUGGGACCUGCCUAGGCUGGGAGAGGUGUGGAUGGUAGCUGAGAAGAGCAUGCCUAAUGGAGAAGAGGGACGCGGCUGUAGCUAUUGCACACCUCAUAGUCAUAUGGGACGAGUCCUCAAAGUGGGUAGUUGCGUAUCGAAUCUGGAUAUAUCUUAUUGUCCUAAGUUUGAGGUCUAGUCGUACCUGCCUUUGUCGCUGCAGCACUUGGAAUUGAACCAUAGCAAUGAACAGCUGCUGCAGUCGCCAUGCGAGUGCAACGGGUGGUCCUCUUCGUUCUCUGGUUUUAGCCAUCUGAAGGAGCUUGAGCUAAACGAGAUUAUAGGGUGUGGACGUGGGUGGGGUCUGCUGCAACACAUGACGGCACUCAAGUCGUUGCGGAUUAUUUACUCUGAUGAGCUAAUCGAGCUACCAGAGUGCUUCUGGUGUCUCAAAUCCCUUCAGUCUCUGCAAGUGAGUGAUUGCUCUGCUAUUCGCGUGCUGCCCGAAUCGCUAGGGGAACUCCAGUCCCUACAAGAGUUGACCAUCGACGAGUGCAAUAGCCUGACCAGCCUCCCCCAAUCAGUGGGUCGUCUCACAUCCCUCCGGUCUCUGAAUGUGAACUCAUGCUCUUCUAUUUCAUCGCUGCCAGAUUCACUAGGGGAACUCCAGUCUCUGCAACAGUUGACCGUCGGGCGCUGCAAAACCCUGAGCAGCCUUCCACAAUCAGUGGUUUGUCUCACAUCCCUCCGGGUGCUCCGCAUAAGUUGCUGUGAUGAUGCAUUUCAUGAAUUGCCCGAACGGUUGGGAGAGCUCCGCUCUCUACGCAUAUUCCACAUUAAAGGGUUGCGGGCAUUGGCUUGCCUCCCCAAAUCCAUGUGCCGCCUCACCUCCCUUGAAGACCUCAGGAUCGAGGACUGCCCGGGCAUCGAAUCCUUGCUGGAGGGGAUAAAGGACCUCACAGCUCUGCAGGAAUUGCGGAUCUGGGACUUCCCUGAUCUGGCGAGGCGGUGCGAGAGCAGAAAGGGGGAGGACUGGCACCUCGUCUCCCACAUCCUUGGUCUGUACAUUUUUUAAAGCGACUGCCCGCUUUUUGUGUAUUGCAUCAGGUGAGUUUGUCCUACUAUUUUAAGCUCUAGCGAUGAGACCCCUUUUUGUGUAUUAUAUUAACCGGAGAACCUAUUUCCUGAUUCCCUUUUUUAAUUA